AUGUCGAGUUCAACUGUGACCGCUAUGGACUCAAUAGUCCCAACUGCAGAGUCAUCCAUCAAAAUCAAACCCGAGGAAAAAACCAAGCCAACAUUGUCUGAAUAUAAUGCUUCUUCAACAUCGCCCUCGGAACUCGUUGCGGCUAUUUGUCGUGAUGGAGGGGUCAUCGUUCGGAACUUUGCUUCUAAAUCCACCCUUGCCGCCCUCGAACAGGAGAUUCGACCUUACCUUGACGCAGAUGAAGGCUAUGACGGCGAAUUCUUUUCCAAGGACACUCGGAAAGCCCAAGGCCUUGCGGCCAGAUCACCAACCUUUUGCAAGGACAUUCUCGCCAACGAUCUGUGGCGCGGUGUCUAUGAAACUCUUCUCACCACAACUACUAAGUCAUGGACUGGGGACAACCUCCACGAAUGCGUUUCUCGCCCUCAGCUUAGUUCUUGCGCUGUGAUCGCUAUCCACCCAGGUGGUAAGGCACAGCCCCUUCACCGGGAUGAUAUGGUGCAUCAUGUGAGCAAUCCAGCUGUCACAGCCAACAAUUAUCAAAUUGGAAGAGACACAAGCGUCGGGCUAUUUCUUGCAGGAACCAGGACUACGAAGACGAACGGAGCCACACGAUUCCAACCCGGAAGCCAUCUCCAGGCGACAAUAGAUCCGCCCAGCGAGCAAGACUCUGUCUACGCAGAAUUGGAAGCUGGCGACGCCUUCAUGAUGCUGGCUUCCUGCUACCAUGGCGGAUCUGCGAACAAGACGACGGACGAGGAAAGAUUGGUUUAUAUUCACUUCAUGAUCAAAGGAUAUCUACGUCAGGAGGAGAAUCAAUAUUUGGCAGUUCCUCGAGAACAAUUACUCCAAUACCCCGAAUUCGUCCAAAGAAAGAUUGGCUACGAAAUCAGCGAGCCGUAUCUUGGCUGGGUUAAUUUGGCUGAUCCGCUGAAGUUUGUAAAAGGAGAGGACACGAAGAUGAGUGAUUUAUACUGA